AUGGCCAUGGUGGAGGGGACACAGUCGGAGAGGUCUGUUGAUUGCAAGGGCAGAGAGAAGCCUCCUCGGGAAGCAGCCAGGAGGAUCCUAUGGGGCGUCAGUAGUGGAGAGGCAGGGUGUGCGGUGGCCAAGAAUCACGGCUUUCCAGCCAGCCUGCCGGGUUUGAACCAGUCUCCUUGGUUGUGUGCGGGCCUCGGACACAAGGCUCCUUCUCUCUGUGCCUGUUUCCUCAUCUGGAAAGUGUCCGUGACAUUCGAGGAUGUGGCUGUGCUCUUUACACGGGAGGAGUGGAGAAAGCUGGGUCCUUCUCAGAGAAGCUUGUACCAGGAAGUGAUGCUGGAGAACUAUAGUAACCUGGUUUCAUUGGGACUCCUGUUUUCCAAACCAAAAGUGAUCUCCCUGUUGCAGCAAGGAGAAGACCCCUGGAGGGUAGACAAAGAAAGUCCUGGAGGCCCCUCUCUAGGAUAUAAGAGCAGUCCUAAAACUACAAAGUCGACUCAAACUCAAGAUUCAUUAUUUCAGGAGCUAAUAAGGAAAAGACUCAAAAGGGAUGAACCCUGGGAUUUCAUAUCAGAAAAACCCUGCAUAUAUGAAGACAGAUUAAAGAAACAAAAGGACAAAACUGAAAGUUUACAAAUAAUUUCAGUCACCCGUACAAAAAUCCUCACGGUAGAAAGAAGCCAUAAAAAUACUGACUGUGGCCAAAAUUUCACCCUGAAAUCAGUCUUUGUUAAGCAACCGAGGGUUGCUCGAGAAAAAACACCCUCAAAAUGUGAAAUACAAAGAAAUAGCUUCAAGCAGAAUUCAAAUUUACUUAACCAACCAAACAUCAACACAGCAGAGAAAUGCUAUAAAUGUAAUAUAUGUGAAAAAGCCUUCAUUCACAAUUCAUCCCUUCGUAAGCAUCAGAAAAACCACACUGGAGAAAAAUUAUUUAAAUGUAAAGAAUGUUCGAAAGCUUUCAGCCAAAGUUCAGCUCUUAUUCAACAUCAAAGAACUCAUACUGGAGAGAAACCCUUUAUCUGUAAAGAAUGUGGGAAAGCUUUCAGCCAUAGUGCGUCCCUCUGUAAACACCUAAGGACCCAUACUGUGGAGAAAUCCUAUAGAUGUAAAGAAUGUGGUAAAUCCUUCAGCAGAAGGUCCGACCUUUUUAUACAUCAAAAAAUCCACGCUCGAGACAAUCCCCAUAGAUAUAAUCCGGGGAGGAAGGCAUCCGGCCUUUCUCGGUGUCAGAGAAUUCACCUCAGAAAGAAGUCCUAUUUAUGCAACGAAUGUGGAAAUGCCUUCAAGUCCAGCUCAUCCCUGCGUUACCACCAGAGGAUUCACACAGGAGAGAAACCUUUCAAGUGCAGUGAAUGUGGGAGAGCCUUCAGUCAGAGUGCGUCUCUUAUUCAGCAUGAAAGAAUUCACACUGGAGAAAAGCCCUAUCGAUGUAAAGAAUGUGGAAAAGGUUUCACUUCCAUCUCCCGACUUAACAGACACCGAAUAAUACAUACCGGUGAGAAAAUAUAAAAAUGUAAUGAAUGUGGUAAAGCCUUAAGUUCCCACUCGACGCUUAUCAUUCAAGAAAGAAUUCAAACUGGAGAGAAACCAUGUAAAUGCAAAGUGUGCGGAAAAGCCUUCCGGCAGAGUUCAGCUCUCAUUCAGCACCAGAGGAUGCACACCGGAGAAAGACCCUACAAAUGCAACGAGUGUGGGAAGACAUUCAGGUGCAACUCCUCCCUUAGUAACCAUCAGAGAAUUCACACAGGAGAGAAACCGUAUCGCUGUCUGGAAUGUGGGAUAUCCUUUGGCCAGAGUUCAGCUCUUAUUCAGCAUCGCAGGAUUCAUACAGGAGAGAAGCCCUUUGAAUGUAACACGUGUGGGAAAAGUUUCAGACAGAGCUCAUCACGGAUUGCCCAUCAGAGAAUUCAUACUGGAGAGAAACCCUAUGAAUGUAAUACAUGUGGGAAACCUUUCAGCCAGAGGUCAUCCCUUACUAAUCAUUAUAAGAUCCACAUUGAGGAGGAUUCCUUGAAAGUAGAUUUGCAUGUGUGCAAGCCUUAAACCAAAGCUCAUCACAGGAUACAUACUUGAAAUUGAUUUAAUAGAUGUAACAAACAUGAGAAAACUUUUUUAUUUUAAUUUUGUCUCCAUCAGAUUAUUCUAAGGAUAAAACAGCCUUGAGUACGUAAUAAAUAUGUGGAAAACUUU